AUGGGAGAUGUUGAAGUUCAGGUCCAGGUCCCUUCCGACUCACCGACAGGGGAACAUGAGUGUGGCGGCCUGCAGGAGGACAUGAGCGGCGAGAAGCAGUCAGACUGCCCGGAGACUCCUGAAGACACCGGACAUGGAGAGGUGGAGGAGCCCCUGACUUGGUUGCCUGUGGCUCUGGCGCCCCCGUGUGGAGAGCAUGCAGCCUGCAGCUGUGCAGAGGUCAGGUGGAUGGAGAGGAGCCUCGAGGCCAUCGAGCUCCAGCUGCAGUUCCUCAUGAGCAAAGCUGAUGACUUGCAUGACUGCCUCGUCAAUGGACAGGGUCCUCUAGAGAGGGAGGCUCUUGCAGCUGCAGUGCCACGUUUCCUGUACACCUGUCAGCCUUACUUUAACUACCUGGAAUCCACAAGCAUCGUGUCGCAGCGCAGCCCUGUGCAUUUUGACAUAUACACAAGGCGUGUGCAGCUGUUGGACUUCUCUCAGCAGCUGUGUGACAGGCUGGAACAGCUGGUGUUGACCUUCGCCAGCUGCAAUCUCUUCUCGUUGGACGAGACUGAGCCUAACAGUGUGUCUCACUUCUGCAUCGGCCAGAGUCAGCUCGGCCCGCUGAAGGUGACAACGUUUCGCUACUGCAGGCCCACACAAUACCUGGCCCAGGUCGACACCGGCCUGUUCAAACGCAUGCGCUGGAACGUGGAGAGACUCCCAGAUGAGCAGCAGCCAGAGGAAGAGAGGGAGGAGAGAGAGGCGAGGGAGGCGGACACAGAGUAUUACUUCCUGUGCUAUGAGGACAUUCCCAACGCACACGCAGAGACAGGCAGGGACAGCCAAGGCGUCUCUGAUGGUGACGUGGUGAGGAUGUGGUCCAUCGGGCAGUGGGUGCAGGAGACACCCGAAACAGACGACAUCUGCGAAUGGAUCCUAUGCCAGGUCCCUACAGCCAGUUACCACAGGCUGCUGUUCCUGGGCAGCAACGAGCCGUCGAGCUGCAGCGCGACAGACUACCUGCAGCAGCUGCUGUUGUCUUACCAGACAGCAGAGUGAACAUAGUGACCCGUCUGUGGGAUACACCAUCAUGUUGGAGGAUCGAAGGAUAAACAGUUUGUUGAAUUGACCGGAGCAACUUAAAUCCCAUUAUAAAGCCCAUAGCCAGUUAUUAAGCAAAAGUGUUUCUGGUUCUAAGGUCAACAUCUGGUUUUAUGUGCAUCUGGAUGGAACAGAAACAGAUGCAAAAAUCACAAGCACAUCACUGUAAUAUGUUAUACUCUCAGCCAGAGGUUGUUCAACAUUUAGAGCUGAAGAGAAGAUGGUGUCAUAAAUGACAAGUGUUGUUUGAAAAACAAAAGUUCUAUAGAUUGCAUGUUGAAAAGGUUUUAUAGUUUGUAAAAAAUGUUAUGCUUUGUAUUGUGAUGAGCAUGUUUGACUGUGUUGUACACUUUUUGUCACUUAAUUGUGUUCAGUGUGUUUAUGUUGAAGAGUGUUAUUUUAUAAGAGACUAUAAAUAUUUGUCUUACAUUU